CAUGUUCAUACCAUCUUGUGAACACCUUGACUAAUAUAUUCCAUUGGCAGGUAGUACAUAUCUUGAUUUGAAUCUGUGCAUUGAUUUUGGGUUGGUUUUUUGUUGUGAUGUGAGCUUUUGUUGAUUGGUACAAUUUCUUGAAAGUUUGGUGGACAGAUAUUUCAGAGUUUGAUUGACAGCUGCCAAAAGUUUUCUGUUUGCUCAGAAAGUUUGGCUUUCUUGGAUACUGUGCAGCUCCUGAAUCUGGUGCUCAAUAAUUGGUUCUUUUGAUCUUUUCGAGAAAAAAAGUUUGAAGUUUAGCCGCUUAAAUUAAAAUUUUCAUCGAGCAACAGGUAGAUUCCUUAAAAUAUGGGACUAGUAUGGUAGUGAUCCAGUGGUCUUGCUUCUACAAUCACUGUGAUUUAAGUCUACUCAACGUUAGUUUGAGAUCCUGGAAUACAUUUAUGAGUAAGUUUGAGAUCCUCGGAAUACAUUUAUGUUUGCAAUUAAGUAUAAGAAGAUUUUCCCGUUUGCAAACUGUUUGGCGGGUAUGAAGUUAACCUCUCUAUUUUUACGAGAGGUUGGGGUGAAGUCUGCAUAGAGUCUACCCUUUCUACUUUCUAGAUCCCACUUGUGGGAUUACACGGGGUAUGUUGUCGUAAAGUAUCAGGAGAUUUUUGUUUAUUGGAUUGAUAAUGGAGAAUGGUAUUGGUUUUCGGGCAUCACCAAGGAGUCAUCAAAUGGAGGGUAUUGCCUCAAUUGAUGGUGGUACAUGUUGUUCAUAUGUAGAUGACACAUUCAACAGUGCUAUGGAGAUUAUGAAUCUUGAUACAUGUGCUAGCUGGUGCAGCAGUAGCCCUCAUGGGAUACAGCAAAUGUUUGCUUCUUAUCCAGCAUUUUCACCGAUUAAUCCAAUGUCCAUCAACUAUGAACCAUUUGAAGAAUUGAACUAUUAUGAACAGAAUACUGAAACUUUUCCUUGUGGAAGGGAAAAUUUUAUGUUUCCUCAGAAUCAUUUGGUUGAUAAGAAGCAGAAUUAUGUUACUGAUAGUGUUCAGAACUGUAUAAUUCCGAAAUCACCUUGUCAAUCACUUGCUGAGAGAAUGCUCAAGGCAUUAGAAUUGUUUAAAAAAUCAUCUGGUGGGGGAAUCUUGGCUCAGGUUUGGAUACCGAUGAAGAGUGGUGAUCAGUACAUUUUAAGCACCUAUGAACAGCCGUUUCUACUUGAUCAGGUGUUAUCUGGAUAUCGAGAGGUGUCGAGGAAAUUCACUUUUGAUUUGGAAAUGAAACCAGGAUCUUGUCCAGGUCUUCCUGGUCGCGUUUUUACUUCAAGAAUACCUGAAUGGACAUCAAAUAUUUUGUACUACAAGGAAGCUGAGUAUUUACGCAUACAAUAUGCAGUUGACCAUGAAGUCCGUGGGUGUAUUGCUUUACCAGUUCUAGAGGAAGAUGGACAUGAUACUCCGUGUUGUGCUGUAUUAGAACUAGUCACUAUGAAGGAGAUGCCAAAUUUUGAUUUGGAAAUGAGUCAUGUUUGCCAGGCUUUGCAGGCAGUAAACUUAAGGAGCACAACACCUCCUUGGUUUUCAUCCAAGAGUAUCUCCAAGAAUCAAAGAGCUGCUUUAACUGAGAUAAAAGAUGUUCUGCGAGCGGUUUGCCAUGCUCACAGGCUGCCUCUUGCUUUGACAUGGAUUCCCCGUAGUUGUAGAGAAGGUGGCAAUGAUAUCAUAAGAGCGCAUGCUAGAGGAAGUAUUGCGAGAUCAGAUGAAAAAAGGGUAUUACAUGUUGAGAAUAUAGCUUGUUAUGUGAAAGACAAGGAGAUGCAAGGAUUUCUUCAUGCAUGUAUGGGACAUGAUCUUGAGGAAGGACAAGGUAUUGUUGGGAAAUCCCUCCAAUCCAACCACCCGUUCUUCUACCUUGAUGUGAAAGAGUAUCAUAUAAGUGAGUAUCCACUUGUUCAUCAUGCACGAAAGUUCGGUCUAAAUGCUGCAGUGGCUAUCAGAUUACGUAGUACACUCACCGGUGAUGAUGAUUACGUAGUAGAGUUCUUUCUUCCUGUCGAUAUAGAGGGAAGCACCGAACAACAACUUCUCUUGGAUAACCUCUCACGCACCAUGCAGAGAAUUUGCAGAAGUCUAAGGACACUAUCAGAUGCGGAGUUAGUUGGACAAGAGGGUGAGAAGUGUGGGUUACAGAGUGAAUCUGUUCUGAGUUUACCACCAAUUGACUUUUCAAGGAGGAUUUCUCAGCAAUCGUUAUUAGACAACACUUUAGAUUUGAGUAAAGCUCCUAUAGAUGUAUGUGAUUUAGAGAGGGCUGGAAUAGAAGCUAAUAGGUCUCACAAACAGACACUGAGUGUAUCAAAAAGACAGACAGGGAAAAAAAGAAGCGCAGCAGAGAAACAUGUCAGCUUGAGUGUUCUUCAACAACACUUCUCCGGGAGCCUCAAGGAUGCUGCAAAAUGCAUUGGUGUGUGUCCAACUACAUUGAAAAGGAUAUGUCGGCAAUAUGGGAUCUCCAGAUGGCCAUCGCGGAAGAUAAGCAAAGUGAAUCGUUCUUUAGUAAAGAUACAGACAGUGCUUAAAUCAGUCCAAGGGAUAGAAGGAGGAUUGAAGUUUGAUACAGUCACCGGAGGUCUAGUUGCAGCAAGCUCUAUCCUUCAAGAUUUUGACUCUCGGAAAAGUGUCGUCUUUCCCUGCAAAGAUGUCUUGAUCCAAAAUCCUGAAUCCCAUUUGCAGGAUGCCGUGUCUAUGCUCCAAACUUCGUGCAUUGACAACCACAACUCUCUGGUGAAAAUAGAAGAGAACUUGCACGUGGAUGGAAGCCAACUAGCAGAGUCAAACCAUUUCAGUCCUAGCUCUUUCAGGGUUGAUGAUAAACCAAAUAGUUCAGUCUCUGGAGUUUGUCAUGGCUCCAAAUUGGCUGCAUUAGUUGAAGGGUCAUCCUUGCCUUCAAAACCGGAAUGGACCAACCCUAGAAAUGUGUCACUGGUCUCUUUCCAUACAAAAGAAGGAUGGAGUAGUGGUUUGAACAAAGGCAGCUUAAAUUUGGACACUUCUGGCUGCCAUUUCAUCAGUCGAUGCCCAGAUUCAAUGGCUAAUACAAAGACGGAAGGAAGUACGGAAAAGGAUGGAGAUGAUGGUAUUAUGGAACAUAACAAGGUGUGUACUUUAGGCAUGACAGAUUCGUCAAAUACGUCCGAUUCAACGAUAAAUGUCAGUUCGUUUAGUUCCCGCAGUUCUAGUGAGAGAAAACAUACAACAGUUGAGCAUGGUGGUUCACAAAUUACCGUAAAAGCUACUUACAAGGAAGAUAAAAUCCGAUUUAAAUUUGAGCCUUCAUCAGGAUGCUUCCAACUCUAUGAAGAGGUUGCCAAGAGGUUCAAACUGCAGACAGGGACAUUUCAGCUCCAAUAUCUUGAUGAUGAAGAGGAAUGGGUGAUGUUGGUAAAUGAUGCAGACUUGAAUGAGUGUUCGGAAAUACUCGACAUUCUUGGCACCCGUAAUGUAAAACUUCUCGUUCAUGACGUGUCUUGCACUGUAGGUAGCUCAGGUAGCAGUAAUUGCUUUUUAACAAAUGACUUUUAGUUAUCCCAUGGAGAAAAUGCUUCUCGUGUUGUAUGAUCUUGGCAAGAAUAGGAGCCUUGGAGGAUUUCAAGUAUACAUGGAUCACCUGCUGGUUCAGUGGAGCCUUUUGUUCUAUGCGGAUAUCCAUGAAAGGUAAUGUCAUCGUCUUUUGGCUGCAAAACUGUGUUGAAACAAUUUUGAGUUCGGUGAGGAGCAUGUCAUUGGUAAAAUGUAUACUUGAAAUCUGUUAGCUAUGUCAUGUAUAAGUCAGAUGAUUGUGAAAGUUUACAACCGUUGAGGCAAUAGAUGGCAAGUGCCUCAGCCGGUAAAAUGUAGUUCAAGAAAAUGUGAAAAUGAGCUGUAAAAGUUCUUUCCGUAAGGAAUGCUCACUCCGUUCACUUCACUUGC